CCGUGCGGCGCCCAGGCUUCGCGAGGCCUGCGGCCGCGUCCUGCCUGAAGGCGGCUCCGCGCCGGGCGGCGGCUCUGGGGCAUGGCGUCUGCGGCGGCUCGCCGGCUGGCCUUGGCCCCGCUCGGGUCUGGGGCUCUCCGGAGCGUACUGAGUUUGAGGAAAGGCGCCGAUGCCUUUGCCAUGCAGGGCGGCCCUGGUCGGAGCCUGGUACCUUCGAGGUCAGUCAUCGUUACCCGCAGCGGCGCCAUUUUGCCUAAGCCGGUGAAAAUGUCCUUCGGCCUGCUCCGCGUGUUCUCCAUCGUGAUCCCCUUCCUCUACGUCGGGACGCUCAUCAGCAAGAACUUCGCGGCUCUGCUCGAGGAGCACGACAUUUUUGUCCCAGAGGAUGACGAUGAUGACGACUAAUAGGGCACGGGAGCAGACAGAAGGCAGAAAGCAGCAGCUGAAGAAAUGGUGACGCUGUCAGGGAAGCCCCGGCAUGGUCUGUGCCCACAGCCCACAGCCCAGACUCUGGGAGGUUCCCUGAGGUGCGCUGUUCACUGAGCCCCGGAGAAGCAAAUAUGAAUAAACAUUGUAAGCCACAGCUUAGGAUGACUGAGCGAUGGCUGAAGUUUCAACACGAA